AUGUCCGACUCUGAAGAGGAUUUAGGCUUUCAGCUGAAGACGCUGAAGAUAGCGUCUAAGGCGCAGAGUCGCCACGGUUGUGAUGAUAGCAGUAAUCUCAAGAAUGCCAUGAUGCCGGAAGAAGAGUAUGGGGAUUUAGCAGCCCCUUCAACAAACUCAGUGGUGCAAAAUGAGAGUGUUGAUACAGAUCAGUAUGAAGGGGAUAGACAGAAGGACAAGAUGGAGGGUGCACAAAUAAACGAGGAGCCAAAUGAAGAUCAGUCCAAAGCUCUUGAUUAUGAAAAAACAUCAUUGAGAAGCAGCAGGGCUUCUGAAAACAGCCGUAGCUGCGGUCCUGAACAGGUUUCGAGUACUGAAAUGGGUCAUGAAACGACUACUGGGAGCGACUAUAAUGAAAACGCAGCUAACGAUCAGGAGCGUUUAGAUUUAGCACAUGAUCUGGAUCUCAAUUUAGAUACUGAUUCAGAUGGCGAGUGGCAAAAUAUGAAUGCUAUUGCAUCCUACAAUGUAUACAAUGAGAAGGGAGAACUUGACUUACGAACGCAUGGGGACGACAAUACGAGAACAUUAUCACAAGAAAUGCUCUCUCAAACUAUGAAUCAUUUAGGUAAUUAUAAUGGGGUUAGUCCGGAACAGAAGAAAACUGCUACAUUUGGUUACACCAAAGUAGCCGCCGAAGAACAAGCGUAUAGGUCAUACAAUGCUAAUCGUAAGACAGAUUUUUUGUUCGACCAUAAAAGAAUGAAAAAAUUGAAUGAUUCAAAGAAUUCAUUAAGUGGAAAUGCGGAUUCUGUAUCACACACAGAAACUGAAAAGGAUUCAUAUGAUGAAUAUGAAGAGGAUGUUGAACCGAUGGAUGAUCUCAACGCUGAUACUCAAUUGAAUAUAACAAGAAGCUUGUUGAGCGAUAAAGAAAAAUUUGCCUAUGUAGGUGCCAUAAAUGUAUUGUCAAAUCAACUUUGUACAGAUCUGGCGACGUUAUGUCUCUGUACCGAUAUUGUGUCACAUAAAAAACUAGCUCAAAGGCUGCAAUUUGCACAGAAAGAUACGGCAAGAUGGAAAACCGAAAUAUUGCAUCGUUUGUAUGAGCAUUUGGGCCUUAUAUUCGAAGAAAUUCAAAUGAUUGAAAAGCUAUCAAUGCAUGGCGUUCGUUUAGAGGAUCUCUGCAAAUGUCUUCAAACGACACAAAGUAUAAACAAUCCAUUCGAGGUGAAUGAUGUUGAAGAGCAAGACAUUCUUGAGAAAAAAGAAAAGGAAGGCCCCAAGGAAGAAACUGAAAAACAUGAUAGAGCUGACGAAGAUACGCAAGCGCCUGUGAAAGAGGUCUUGCUUAAUAGUGAAAGCGAUGUGAAAGCAGGAAGUGUGCGAGAUCAUGACACCCCAAAUGAUAAAACUACUGAGAGCAAUGCAGAUACUCCUGAUGUAAAUGUGGUUCCAACUGAAAUAAUUCAACCUCAAAAUAUAAAAAAUCAAGGUCAAUUGGAAGUUGAUAUAACUUGGACUAUCAUAUGUGAUUUGUUUUUGCUUUUACUGCAAGAUGCUACUUACGAUGCUCGAUCUCGGACACUGCUUAUAAAGUUUGGUGAUUUACUGAAUAUAAAUAAUGUCGAAAUAUGUGAAUUUGAAAGACGUGUAACAGACUCACUUGACAUGGAACAAUCCACAGAGGAUCAAGUUUGGAAUGAAAGUGAACACAUGAAAGAUAGGCGCAAAAGAAGAAAACGAAGGAAAAUGUGUUACGUUGGACUGGCAAUGGUUGGAGGUUCAUUGGUUCUAGGUUUAAGUGGAGGUCUGCUGGCACCGGUAAUUGGUGCAGGUAUUGCCGCAGGACUAUCUACAAUUGGUAUCACGGGUGCUACGGGCUUCCUGACAGGUGCAGGAGGAGCAACAGUUGUGGCACUCACAAGCACCGCAAUCGGGGGUAAUAUUGGUGCCAGAGGUAUGUCAAAACGAAUGGGAAGCGUGAGAACAUUUGAAUUUCGUCCAUUACAUAAUAACCGUCGAGUAAACCUGAUAAUAAGCGUUUCUGGCUGGAUGAUUGGUAAUGAAGAUGAUGUUCGUUUACCUUAUUCCACUGUUGAUCCAGUUGAGGGUGACUUGUAUUCGCUAUUCUGGGAGCCUGAGAUGUUAAAAUCUAUUGGUCAAACAAUAAACAUUGUUGCAAAUGAGGUCUUCACACAAGUCAUACAACAAGUUCUCGGUGCAACGAUCCUGACUGCAUUUAUAUCUGCAAUUCAAUGGCCAAUGGGCCUUUCCAAAUUGGGGUAUAUUUUGGACAAUCCGUGGAGCGUCUCAUUGGAUAGAGCAUGGGCUGCUGGCUUAAUUUUAGCCGAUACGCUUAUGUCGAGGAAUCUUGGAGAGAGACCAGUUACCUUAAUGGGAUUUUCAUUAGGAUCAAGAGUAAUCUAUUCAUGUCUAGUGGAACUUUGUAAAAGGAAAGCGCAUGGCCUUAUUGAGAACGUGUUCAUUUUCGGAACACCGGUAGUAAGAAAGAAGGAACACUUGGUUAUGGCACGAUCCGUUGUCAGCGGUCGAUUUGUAAAUGCAUAUUCUUUAAAGGAUUGGAUGCUUGCUUACCUUUUCCGUGCUGCAGCAGGCGGGUUUAGUAAAGUCAUGGGCAUCGCUCCUGUAGAAGGUGUUGAAGGUGUCGAAAAUUUUGAUUGCACAGAGACCGUCGAUGGUCAUUUAGCAUAUCGUAAAAACAUGCCGAAGCUGCUAAAGCAGUUAGGUGUUUCAGUGGUCAGUGAAGAAUUUGUCGAAAUUGAAGAAACCAUGGAUCCAGAACAAGUAAAGCGUCAAAGAAAGCUGGUGCACGACGUUGAUGCAGCUCAAAAAAAAUUACUCGAAAAAAAAUCACAUAAUGGAUGGAUACCAAAAUGGAUGAGGCCCAAAAAAUCUAAAUGGCGUACUAUGGUAGAAGAUGCUGUUGAGGAAGCGAAUGAUUUAGAAAGUGUGGAAGAAUUAUCUCCUGAGCUUCCUCAAGUCAAAAAAAGAGAUCAUGCUCUCGUGGAUCACGCUGCACUAAUGCACGAGUUACAGCUCAUAAAAGCUGCUCUCCACGAAGGCCAGUUAAAUAAUCAGAAUAUAGAGGAGGAAAUCCCCAGUAAAGCAGAUAUCGAACCCCCUCAAAGGGAGCAAAAGAGUGCAGAAAAGUGCCGAGAAGAGACUGCACCUCCUGCAGUAAGUUCAAACAAUUUCCAGCUUCUGACAGCAGGAAGGACAGUGCUGCCAGAGGAUGACAGCUCCAAAAACAAAGCAAUGGAAUUUGCUUUUGCAGAUGAUUUCUAA